ACACAAGAGUAUGUACGUACACAUACAGACCACAGAGACGCGAAUAGUAGUAGUAGAUAGCAUCAGCGGCGGCGCAUAUAUGCACGGUCGUCGCAAGUCCCAACCAAAACCCCAACCCCUCCUCACCAAAACCGGCCAGGGCGCCCAACCAAAACCUCCCAGUCCCAGCGGCGCAGCAGCUCCUCCACGCCGUCCCUGCCUCUCCUAGUCUCCUGGUCCCCGCCCAGCCAGCCCAGCCCCUCUCGCUAUGUAAUCACCCUGCCCAGGACGCCAGGACUCCAGUCACUCGAUCUCUCGAUGAAGCCACCACCAGCUGCCGGCGCCGGCGCGUCCUCGGCCCGCAGAUGGGUACUCGCCACCUCCAUGUGCUCACUGGCGUGCAUCUUCCUCCUCUCCGCCGGCAUCCUCCUCGCCGCCGCCGGCUACCGGCCGUUCCAGCCGCGCACGGCGGCGGCGGCGGCGGCGUGGGACCGGUUCUCCAGGGUGCAGCAGAAGGCGGCCCUGGCGCCGUUAAUGGCCCGUACUGGCUCGUCGCACCAUGCUGCUGCUGCGCCGGCGCCGGCGCCAGACGCGAUCUCACCAUCAGCAGCAGGCGGCCCUGCUGAUUAUUGGGGCCCGGAGGACGAGGAGGACGCCGGACCGCCGCCUGCACCGGCCCCGGCGCCGUCGUCUGAGGAAGCAGCAGCAGGGGAGGAGGACGACGAGGACGCGCAGUGCGACCUGUUCGACGGGGAGUGGGUGGAGGAACCGGCGGGGUCGUCGGCGUACCCGCUGUACGACGCGGCGGAGUGCCCGUUCCUGAGCGACCAGGUGGCGUGCCGCCGGAACGGCCGCCCGGACUCCAGCUACGAGCGGUGGCGGUGGCAGCCCAGGGGCUGCGGCGGCCGCACGAGGCUGGGCGGCGCGGAGGCGCUGGAGCUGUGCCGGGACAAGCGGCUGGUGCUGGUGGGCGACUCGCUGAACCGCAACAUGUGGGAGUCGCUCGCCUGCAUCCUCUACGCGGCGGUGCCGGACCGGUCGCGGACGCGCAUCGUCGACGACGCUGGCUCCGAGUACAGGAUCUUCCGCGCCAUGGAUUAUAAUUGCUCUGUGGAGUUCUUCUGGAGCCCCUUCCUCGUGAAGCUUGAAACAAAAGACGACCGGACCAAGGCGCUCAUGCUGGACCAGCUGCCGCCCAUGUUGCAGCGGACGCUUGGUGCUGACGUCCUCAUCUUCAACACUGGCCACUGGUGGACUCACACCGGCAAACUCAGGGCGUGGGAUCAUCUCGAGUGGGACGGAAAGAUGGUGCAGAUGGCAGGAGAGGAAGCCUUCGAUGGAGCAUUGAGGACCUGGGCUAGGUGGGUCGACUACAAUAUAGACCCUAGCAGAACCAGAGUAUUCUUCCGGAGUGUCUCACCUGAACACAAGAGUGUAAAUUGGUGCUACAACCAAACGGCUCCUAUCUCCAAGGGAAACGGAAACAUCGCUCCAUCGUUUCCAAAAAGUUUGAUGACCAUUGUGGAGAAAAACAUCAAGAAGAUGAAAACGCCUAUCAUAUAUAUGAACAUCACUCGCCUCUCCGAGCUCCGAAUUGACGCACACCCAUCAAUUUACACAAUUACUCGCGAAGGAAAACCACUUAGCAAGGAGCAGCAGCAACAACCACUGACAUAUAGUGACUGCAGCCACUGGUGCCUACCAGGGCUACCUGAUACAUGGAACGUGCUUCUGUUUAACUUCUUGAUUAGACCUCUCCCAAGUAUAUAAUUAUUUGGUGAAAAACAUUUUCCAAUAGUUCAACCCUCCUGUAUAUUUGCUAGAGUUAAAAACAUUUUUGGGCAGUCGUUUAUAUCAAGUUAUUACACAA